AUGGAUCAGUGCGGUGGCUUCAAUCCUGUGCAAUAUAACGUACAAGGUUCAGCAGAUACCCGUGCCCAAGCUCACCCCAUUAGCCGACUCGCUCAGCCUUACAUACUCGACCCCGAUUUAGGCGCCAUGUAUUCCGCACCCAGUCUUGACCACCCUUCAUUUCCUACUUACACAGAGCCAUCAACUUCAAGCUAUUCGCCUACCCCUUCAGAAAUGGCUAUCACACCCGAUUCAAGCGAUUUCCCUUCGCCAGCCGAUUCAGCAUUCUCCCCCUUCAUUAUGGACAUUCCUACACCAACAUCCUCCGCACCAGAGCCUGUGGCUAAGAAGCCGUCCCACAGCAAGAAGCGUCCAGCGGGCCAUAUACCACGGCCUCGCAAUGCAUUCAUACUUUUCAGGUCCCACCAUGUGGCUGCUCAGCUGAUUCCCGGCAAGGUGGAGAACGACCACCGCCAUAUUAGCAAGAUUAUCGGCGAGAUCUGGAACAAGCUAUCUCCUGCCGAGCGUUUAAUCUGGGAACAAAAGGCAGAUAUUGAGAAGGAACGGCAUAGUCGAAAGUAUCCUGGCUACCGAUACAAACCUGCGAAGCUUGACGGGGUUGUCAAGCGACGAGUUAAGUGUCGUGGGGCUCCAGCCUUGUCGGCCUAUUCAUCCUCUCCUGGUAUUGGUAAAGCGAAUGGCGCUCAAGAGAUCAUUGGAAGUCUCAAUGUAGCUGAAGGAGGAGUUCUGAGCUUUGGAAACAGUGAAAGACCCAGGCUUAUAGAUCAAGAGGAACGUAGGAAGGACAAGGCGCGCUGCGUACGCGUAGCCCAGCUUAUACAGCAAGGAGUGUGUGACGAGUGCUACUCCCCAACUCCAACCAUCGGCUCACGAGACACCAGGGACGCGAUGCCAGUUUCACACAAACGUCGAUAUACUACGCGUUCUAGAGGAAGAGAACCACCGGUAUUUACUGAUCCAUUCGCACCCAACAAUCCUUCAAUUCCCCGCCCAGAUGUUAUGCAUCCUCUUAACUCGGGAGCGACCGGCUCAGUAAUAACCAACUAUAGCCCAACGCACACCUUUACCUCCCUUGCUGGAAGCGACGAGAACUCAGUGCUACCUACUACAGUAUCUCCUCCAUCUCAGGUCAAUGAUUCCCUCCGUGGAUGGUCAUACCGCCGUGCAUCGUCGCUUCCCCUUGAUACUUCCUCUCCAUUACCUUCGCUAUCUGCCGAACACGCCAAUUCAACUUCCUACUCUCACCAACGACAGAGUAAUUCAGCCUCGCCAAUGCCGACAAGGCUUGUGGGUUCUCCCUUGCGGCGGCACCAUCGCCUAUACUAUCCUCAUCCUCACCGGGAACGAGCACAGAAGCAAACCAUUGGUCGUGACUCUGAUUCUAGCCUUUCGGCCUUUGAUCGUCUGAGCUAUUACUCGCCGGGUAACUCUCCGCCCGAGCAGCACCUGACUCCUCAUAUCCACCCAAGACUUCAUUUCAAAAACACUACAAGUCGUUCAAAUCUCAGUUCAGUAAAUCCCAUAUCACACAUAAACUCUACACCUACUUUGUACGGAAUCAACUCCACCCGUCCAUGGAGGUCUGAGGAGCCCAUUGACCUUUCGGCGAUGUAUGAGCAGGAUAACGCUACUGGUAAUGAGGCCACGUUACACUCGACAUAUGCGAUUAACACCGGAAAGGCCUACCCUCCUAUUCCGACAGCACCAGCCCCGCUUGGUGACGUGCCUAUCUCACAUCAACUGGCACUUUCGUGCAAAUCAGCACAUAACCACACAACUGCAUCAGAAUUUGAUGUCGAACCGGGUCCAAGUCAAAGCUAUUAUGACUGGCCAAGUCAGUAUGGUUCAGAACUCAACUACCCGCCAGGAGAUGAUUAUAAUGCGUCGGCAAAUCCGGAAAUUUACAAGGAAGUCCCGAAUAUGUAUUAUUCGAACACAACGGGAGACCUGCCAUACUAA